AAAAAAGUGUACGGAAUUUUACUAAGAAUUGUUGCUGUGCCUGAUGUACAGUUUUUUUCCUCCCAUGAGUAUCGCCGGCGAACCUGCGUAAAAACAUCACUGAGCGUAGUCUGCGCUGGGAUCUUGUCGGGGUCCUCGGUACCACCACCCCGAAACAUGGAUAAUCCAUUCUGACCGCUAGACUACAGCGGCCGUGUUCUGAGAUCGCUCGUUCGGGGCUACGCCCACACUGAGCUCCUGAUCCUAGGGCAGGCAGGCAGAGUGUAAAAUGGCGCACAGCUGUCGGUGGCGGUUCCCUGCUCGGCCCGGAGGGAGCAGCAGCUCGGGCACCGGGAGAAAAGCGGGCCGAAUUCGAGUCAAUGCUUCCCUCCUAAACAGCGCGGGGACUAAUCCGAACGUGAACGGGCUCGGGCCCGGUUUCGACGCUGCGUUGCAAGUGUCCGCUGCCAUCAGCAGCAACCUGCAGAAAUUUCGGGAUGUUUUGGGGGAGUCGAGCGGCUCCAGCAGCGGGGAGGAGGAAUUUGGAGGCUUUACCACAGUCAGUGACAACAGAAGAAUACACAGCCCAGGAAGGACGUUAAUAGGUCCUGUCACACCGGAAAAGAAGCCCAGAGGACGUCCUCCUAGGGCACUGGCUGCACAGAGGUUUGGCACUGGUAUUGAGACAGCUUCUUUGCCGGUCGCCACAGCUCCUACAGAGAAAGUAAAACGACCACCAGGGAGGCCUCCUGGCACUGGAGAAAAAAAAAGAGGCCGCCCUCCUGCUUCUGCCAGCCAGAGGAGCUGGCAACAGAGUGGCCAUGCACUGCCUAAAGAUGGUAAUGACGCAGCGUUGGAGUGCAGCUCCAGUCCUCCACAUUGCAAGGACGGUGUGGAGGACGAAGACAAGGAAAAAAGGCAAACUCUGCUUGGGUCUGGGCAUCAUCAGGGAUCUGAGGCUAAGCUUCACAAAAUCAGCCGAGAGUCCAAGGUGACCAAACUGAAAAGACUGCGGGAUGUCAAACUGAGCCCCUUGAAGUCUAAGCUGAAGGCCAUUGUGAAGAAGAGUGUCCCAGUUCCUGGUGUGCAAAGACGGAAGCGGGGCAGGCCGCCUUCUGCCGAGCGCCUCAAAGCUGAAGCUGCUGCCGCUGCUGCUCAGGCUGCUAACGCCUCCUCGGUCCAGGAGAUGUCCACCACAGCAUCUGGGACUGCUAAACAUAAGGCCUUCAGGGUUCGUCGGGAACAAGACUUGGGUGCCUGCACUCCACAUGAUCUUAAGCUCAGGGCUUCUCAUCCUGCUGAUGAAUGCACUAGCCCAGAUCCCCAAGACUCUUCUACAACAGUCAACCCAGUGACCCCAACUAAACCCGGGAGGCCGUUAGGGUUACGUCAGAGCCCUCGCCAUAUCAAACCUGUGCGGGUCGUUCCUCCCUCCAAACGCACUGAUGCCACUAUUGCAAAGCAGCUACUGCAGCGGGCAAAGAAGGGGGCCCAGAAGAAGAAACUAUUGGCAAAAGAAGCUAUUGGCACCCAGGGAACUGCCAAUCCUGAGGGUGGGAAGCACAGGAGGCGAACGCAGCUAACAAACAUCAGGCAGUUUAUCAUGCCUGUUGUGAGCACUGUGUCCUUGCGCAUCAUCAAGACUCCAAAGCGGUUUAUCGAGGAUGAGGGCAGUUUCAGUACUCCACCAACACACAUGAAAAUUGCUAGAUUGGACACAGCAGCUUCUGCCCCAGCUCCUCAACCCAUAGCAUCAUCCUCCCCAGCUCUUGUUUCCACAGCUCCCGUCACAAGUGGAACCACUGCCACACCCGGGGCAGGGCCUGCUGUUGACUCUCUCCCUCCUCCCCCACCUCCUGUCCCAACUGGCAGUGCCACUGCCAUUGCAGCUAGUCUCCUUAACAGCAGCUGCAACAAUAGCACUAGCAACGGGCGCUUCAGUAGCAGUGCUGCAUCCUGUGGCUCCAGCGCUGUUUCACAGCAUUCCUCUCAGCUCUCUUCUGGCGAGUCAUCUCGAUCCAGCAGUCCUAGUCUUGAUGACUCCUCCUGUGAUUCCCAGGCCUCUGAGGGCACCCAGGCCCUUUCGGAAGAGGGCGAUCAUUCCCCUGCCUCACAGGGAGAGACGGAGGCCAGCAUGCACCACACCUCACACCCACCCUCACCACCAUCAGAGCCGGAGCCAGAACAUGUAGUAUUGAUGGAGCACAACAGACGGGGUCGCAAAGCUCAGAGUCAUAGGAGGGGUGCUUUAGUGGCACGUGGUCGGGGCAGCCUGAUUGGUGGAAGGAAACAGGUCAUCAUCAGCCCAGCCACAGGGGUUUCACAAGCUGGAUCUCAGCAAGCCUCUUCCACUGCAUCGUUGUCCUCUUCCCCACCACCGCCUCCUCUUCUCAGCCCUUCUCAACCUCCCCAGGCAGCUUCAUCCAAUGCAUCUGAGCAUCACUCCCACUCUCCAUGGAUGAUGUCACAUUCCAUUGCCCCUUUUCUGCCCACCCCUCCAAUACUUUCCAGCUCUCAUGACAAACGUCGCUCCAUACUACGAGAGCCCACUUUCCGCUGGACGUCUUUGUCAUGUGCAGAAAAUAAGUACUUCUCCUCUGCUAAGUAUGCAAAAGAGGGCCUUAUCCGCAAACCCACUUUCGACAACUUUCGUCCUCCUCCACUGACUGCUGAAGAUGUGGGUCUCAUGCCACCAGGGCCUGGUGGAGGUGGCGUUGCACCAGGAGGAUUCCCAGCACCUGGUGGUGCAUCUGGUACAGGUGCCAGACUUUUCUCCCCCCUGCAUCAUCAUCCUCACCACAAUCACCACCAGCAUCCCUCAUCACGGAUUGAAACGCCACUCCAAAAGCGCAGCCCCCUACUACGUCCCCCUUUCUUCACUCCAAGUCCAGCUCAUUCCCGUAUAUUUGAGUCUGUCACCCUCCCAUCUUCCUCAGGGAGCAGCCCUGGUUCUCUGUCUCCCCUUCAGGUCUCACCAACAUCAAACAAAAAGAGAAAGGGGUCUAGGUUCUCACGUGGACAACCCAGGUCACCUUCACACUCUAUGACUACCAGGAGCAGUCAGUCAGGAGUUCAAACAGGGAAGGCCUCUGAACAAUCCAUGAUUAGCAGUUCUGUUCCCAUAAGCGUGACUGGAAAUUCCAGCCCAUUGCCUGGAGUUGCAGUCAGUGCACUUGCUCCCAGUGCCUUAAAUCAAGCUUCUUUCAGCGGCUUCCCCUCAGGCUCCAUUGGUCUUACAAGCCAUGGAGUUUCAGAUGGGCGGCGAGCAGCAGGAGGUCUUGGUGUGAGUGGGAGUUCUGCUUCAUCUUCACAGCUCUUCCCUCUUUUUACCCCCAGUCCUCAAGGAUCAGGUGGGGGUACUGGAAAAGCUGGAAGGGAACGGAGUGUUUCUGCUACUAGAGACACAGGUACAAAGGAGAAGGACAGGGAGACGGAGAAGAGUAGAGAUCGUGAAAAGGAAAAUAAAAGAGAUGGAAGGAAAGAUUGGGAUAAAAGAGGGAAAAGCUUUCCGUCAGAGGCUUCCCCCAAUUCUACAUCCAGCCUCUUUGCGGUGGAGGCCAGGGACAUUGAAGAAUCUCUCACACAAAAAAGGACACCUGGUCGAAAGAAGUCAGUCACAGUUGACUCUGGUGCAGAGGCCUCCCCAAGCGACUCAGCAGCAGUUCAACCUGUUGGGGCCUUGUCAUCUAAGGGUCGUCUGGCCAAAAAAGGCAGACCUUCAGAGAAGAGUACUGAAGCGGAGGGGGUAGAGAGGGAGAAGAUCAAGGAGAAAUUGAGUGCUCUUACCCAAGCGGGGCAGAUGGGAAAACCCCCUACAACCACAUCACUGGGCUCUGUGUUAGCUCGUGCUGAGAAACAGCCAGUCACAGACAGGCGCGUUGCAGGACUGCUGAAAAAAGCUAAAGCUCAGCUCAAUAAGUUAGAGAAGAGAGGGGUACAACCUGGUGAUCAACCUAAAUUACCGGGUCAAGAAAGUGACUCCUCUGAGACGUCAGUCCGUGGUCCACGCAUUAAGCAUGUGUGUCGUCGUGCAGCUGUAGCUCUGGGUCGCAAUCGUGCUGUGUUCCCAGAUGAUAUGCCUACCCUUAGUGCCUUGCCAUGGGAGGAGAGAGAAAAGAUCUUGUCUUCCAUGGGAAAUGAUGACAAAUCAUCAGUGGCGGGAUCAGAGGAGGCGGAGCCACCCACACCUCCUAUUAAGCCAGUAACAAGGCAGAAAACGGUCCAUGAGGCCCCACCCAGGAAGGGCCGGCGCUCUCGACGCUGCGGGCAGUGUCCAGGCUGCCAAGUCCCAAAUGACUGUGGGGUCUGCACCAACUGCUUGGAUAAGCCCAAAUUUGGGGGGCGCAAUAUUAAAAAGCAGUGUUGCAAAGUACGGAAGUGUCAGAACUUGCAGUGGAUGCCGUCAAAGUUUCUUCAGAAGCAGGCAAAAGGUAAAAAGGACAAGAGGAGGAAUAAAUUGACUGAAAAAAAGGAUUCCCAUCACAAAUCCCAGUGUUCUGAAUCAAGCCCCAAGCCAGCCGUUCCUCCAAAGGAUGACCCUCCCCGUAAGAAGAGUGAAACUCCACCACCUGCACAGGGAGAGGACAAACAAAAGCAGACACAGUCUUCAACACCAUCUUCACCAGCUUCCUCCCCAAAGGACCUUCUGCUCUCUAGUGCUUCUGAUGACCCCAAGCAUUCUCAGACCCCUUUGAGCUCAGCCUUUAGAAAGGAACGGAAGCAGCAGCCCAGUUCUUCACCCACCUCCCUGCACGCUGACCCAUCUUCCCCACCAGCACAGUCCCAGCAGUCCUUGCAGCAGCAAAGCCAAAUGCCAGCAAAAAAGGAAGGUCUUGCAAAGUCCCAGCCCUCUGAACCCAAGAAGAAAUCUCAGCAACAAAGUCAACCCAGCUCUGCAGCAGACACAGCAUCCGAAGCAAAGCUAAAGAAGCAGACCUCUCGAUGUGUUCAACCACUCAAGCCUAAACCAAAAGAAAAGGAGAAACAGAUACACAAACCUGACAACAGUACUUUAAACUCCCAGAGCACUCCUUCGACUGGGGGCACCGCCAAGCAGAAAGCGCCCUGCGAUGGAGUGCAUCGAAUCAGAGUAGAUUUCAAGGAGGACUAUGACAUUGAGAAUGUGUGGGAAAUGGGUGGGCUCAGCAUUCUCACCUCUGUGCCAAUCACCCCACCGGUGGUGUGCUUUCUUUGUGCCAGCAGUGGUAAUGUAGAGUUUGUUUUCUGCCAGGUGUGCUGUGAACCCUUCCACCUCUUCUGCUUGGGGGAGACAGAACGCCCCCAUGAGGAACAGUGGGAGAACUGGUGUUGUCGUCGAUGCCGCUUUUGCCAUGUCUGUGGCAGGAAUUAUCAGAAAACAAAACAGCUACUGGAGUGUGACAAGUGCCGAAACAGCUAUCACCCUGAGUGCCUGGGACCCAACCACCCUACCAGACCCACCAAGAAGAAAAGAGUCUGGAUUUGCACCAAGUGUGUGUGCUGUAAGAGUUGUGGAGCCACCAAACCAGGGAAGGCCUGGGAUGCCCAGUGGUCACAUGAUUUCUCUUUGUGUCAUGACUGUGCCAAACUCUUAGCUAAAGGCAACUUCUGCCCACUCUGUAAUAAGUGCUAUGAUGACGAUGACUGUGAUAGCAAAAUGAUGAAGUGCAGAAAGUGUGAUUGCUGGGUCCAUGCCAACUGUGAAAGUUUAACCGAUGAUAUGUAUGAGCUCUUGUCUAACCUGCCUGAGAGUGUGGUCUACACCUGCACAAACUGCACUGAGCCUAAUCCUGCUGAGUGGCGGGCCGUCUUAGAGAAAGAAAUUCAGAAGUCCAUGCGGCAAGUUCUCACUUCCCUGCUCAACUCCCGCACAUCCACACACUUGCUUCGCUACAGACAGGCGGUUAUGAAGCCACCUGAGUUGAACCCAGAGACAGAAGAGAGCCUUCCCUCACGCCGUUCCCCAGAGGGCCCUGACCCCCCUGUGCUGACGGAGGUCUCUCCACCAAUUGAUUCGCCGCUCGAUUUGGAGUCUGUGGAGAAGAAAAUGGAUUCUGGACGCUAUAAAACAGUGUUGGAGUUCAGUGAUGACAUUGUGAAAAUCAUCCAGACAGCCUUCAAUUCAGACGGAGGUCAGCUAGAGAGCAGAAAAGCCAACAGCAUGCUUAAGUCCUUUUUUAUCAGGCAAAUGGAGCGGAUUUUUCCAUGGUACAAGGUGAAGGAGUCCAAAUUCUGGGAGACGUGCAAAGUCUCUUCUAAUAGUGGACUGCUUCCCAAUGCUGUGCUACCCCCUUCUUUGGAUCACAACUAUGCCCAGUGGCAGGAGAGGGAGGAGAUAGCCAGGGCUGAGCAGCCUGUGCUCAUGAAAAAGAUCAUCCCAGCUCCCCAUCCUAAAGCCCCUGGAGAACCCAACUCCCCAAUGGCCCCCACACCACCUCCUCCACCACCCUUGCUUAUCCAUGGAAUAUUUCUUUUUAUCUUCAGACAUAGCCCUGAAGACAGCCCUGUGAUUCCCCCUCCUGGUGUUGGUGACAACAGACAGUGUUCGCUUUGUCUGAAUUAUGGAGAUGAGAACACAAAUGACUGUGGUAGACUGCUUUAUAUUGGCCAGAAUGAGUGGGCCCAUGUGAACUGUGCACUGUGGUCAGCAGAGGUGUUUGAGGAUGUUGACGGUGCUCUCAAAAAUGUCCAUAUGGCAGUCGGCCGAGGCAAACAGCUGCAAUGUGAGCAUUGUCACAAACCCGGAGCCACGGUGAGCUGUUGUCUGACCUCCUGUACCAACAACUACCAUUUCAUGUGUGCACGUCAGCAGCAGUGUGCCUUUUUAGAGGACAAGAAGGUUUAUUGUCAGCAUCACAGAGAUCUUAUAAAGGGCGAGGUGGUGCCAGAGUCGGGCUUUGAAGUGACUCGUAGGGUCCUUGUGGACUUUGAGGGAAUCAGUCUGAGAAGAAAGUUUGUUAAUGGACUUGAACCAGAUAAUAUCCACAUGAUGAUAGGGUCUAUGACCAUUGACUGUCUUGGUAUGUUAACUGAACUGUCAGAUUGUGAGAGGAAGCUGUUUCCUGUGGGAUACCAAUGCUCAAGGGUCUACUGGAGCACUCUAGAUGCCCGUAAGCGAUGUGUUUAUAAAUGUAGAAUUUUAGUGUGCCGCCCCACUAUGACAGAAACUAUCAAUAACGACACAGUAGCUCAAGAGGAAAACCACACAGUUGCUCAUAGUCCUCCACCUGUUUCAGCUGAACUGGACUCUGCUUUGCCUGGACCCACAGAUUCCAUAAAACCAUCGAAUGUGCCUUCCACACCAAAACAAAGGGUUUAUUUUAGGAACAGACACCCCAGCUACCCACCAUGUCAUCGUUCUCCCUCGACCAGACCACUUCCCUCCCCAGAUGGUUUUGGUAGUUCAGCCCAUGAGAUUGUGACUGUGGGAGACCCUCUGCUGAACUCCAGUCUUCGAAGCAUUGGAUCUCGUCGACACAGCACUUCCUCCAUCUUCACUCAACAACCUAGGCAAAAGCUUUCCUCGUCUCCACAGGGAGGCACAGUAUCCAGUCAGACAGGCAAUUCAUCUGCCCCUUGCCUGUCCUCAACCUCUAAGGAACCUUUAACCAGGGACAUAGGGAAAGAAAGAGCACCAUCUGGAGAAAGAUCUCACUAUCGAGAGGCAAAUUCAGUAAACAGUGGAGCACAGCGUCGACCCGGUUUUGGUUUCACCGAAAGAAUAGAUGGUAAUAGAGAAGCAUCCAAAAAGCAGUCUGAUGGUGAGAGUUUGAAGUCAUCUCAACCAGCCAGCAUAAGUCAAGUGUCACCACCUCUUGGAACUGCAGUUUUGACAGGACAUCAGAGAGGAAGUGGCAGUUUAAAAACCGAGAAAGGGAAACAAACCGCAAAAGAUACUGACCUUCCAGCCGGAGCCACUUUUAUGUCCAGUCAUCCACUCGCCACCCUUCCAAAAGACAAAGCUAAUCCAAUCAAGGAAGGAAAUGUGACAUCAAUGGCUGCAUCAAAAGACUCAGGAAAGACUGGGUCUCUGCAGCCGGUUUACAGCAAAAGUGGGAAUAGAAAGUCUCAUGACUAUACUUCUGGCCCAGCUGCGGCAGCGGCAAUGAAGCCUCUCUGGUCAUCUGGUGCCAAGGUGGGAGAGGAAGAAAUAAAGCGUAGCUUCCAGGCAAGUGCUGCCAUCACUGCUAGUCAUGGAACCUCUAGCACCAAAGAAAAACACUCCAAAGUCAAAAUGAAUAUGAGCAGGGAUGUUUCAAAAGAAAGAAAAGAGACUCCUCAGAACCGAAACCCAGUUCUCAACAGCAACUCUAAAAGCAGUAAUGUUAAAACACAAGGUCAGGGUCCACCUCCUCAUAAUAGUAGCAAUAAAGACACAGCACUGAGCAGCAACACAGGAUCUGGCACAGUGGAAGUUAAUAAAUUUGAUCAGAAGGAAGUGGAGAAGCCAUUAAAGUCCAAAGAGAGAUUUAGCCUCGAGAAGAAGCAUAGUUCAACCAUGGAUGCUAUUCAGCCGAAAGCAGGGGGCGAGAGAGGUAAUAGGCCACCACAGGUACACCCUAAAUCAAGCAAGGAAGUUACUCCAGUGGUGAAGAAACAAACUGAGAGGCUGCCUCUAUUGUCUCAGAAAAUGGAUCCUAAUGGUACCAAAGCUGUCAGCAUAUCUCCUAACACAAACACGUACACUUCUGUUACCCCUAGCAACCAGGGCCCCCAAAGAAGGUCCUCCCGAGCAAUGGUUUUCUCCCCAUCUGCAAGUUCUGAAAGCUCAGAAUCAGACAGCCAUAUCCACCCAGAUGAUCCUGAGGAGCACCUAAUGGACCACCAGUGUGCUGAUGAUGGGGAGGACAAUAAUUUAGAGGACGAAGGCAGCAUCGAUAAGCACCACGAGGAGGAUAGUGAUGGUUCGGCGGGGUCAGCAAAACGCAGAUACCCAAGGCGGAGUGCUCGUGCUCGAUCGAACAUGUUCUUUGGGCUAACCCCUUUCUACGGUGUCCGAUCAUAUGGUGAGGAAGACAUACCCUUCUACAGAAGUGGUGAAAUCUCCAUGAAGAAGCGGACUGGGAGCAGCAAGCGAUCAGCUGAAGGACAAGUCGAUGGGGCAGAUGAUAUGAGCACAUCAUCUUCUGCGGACAGUGGAGAAGAUGAAGAAGGAGGAAUUGGUUCAAAUAAGGACACGUAUUACUACAACUUCACACGCACCAUAAUCAACCCCAACUCUGGUCUUCCGUCUAUUGCAGGUAUUGAUCAGUGUUUGGGAAGAGGGUCGCAGAUCCACAGGUUCUUGAGGGACCAGGCAAAGGAACAUGAAGACGACAGUGAUGAGGUAUCAACAGCUACCAAGAAUUUGGAGCUGCAACAAAUUGGCCAGCUGGAUGGUGUGGACGAUGGUUCUGAGAGUGACGUUAGUAUAAGCACUAGCAGCACAACUACAGCUACUACUUCGUCCACACACAAAAGUUCAACAAAAAGGAAGGGUAGAGAAAGCAGGACAGAGAAAUCAAACAUUGACUCAGGGAAGGAGGCAGAAAAUAACACAAGUGGUAACAGUCGCGAAAGUCGUAAAAAUCAGAAGGAUAACUGUCAUCCAUUAGGGAGUGUGAAAACACAAGGACAAGACCCCCUUGAAACUCAGUUGGCACUCACCACGGAUCUCCUCAAGUCUGACUCUGAUAACAACAACAGUGAUGACUGUGGUAACAUCCUGCCUUCUGAUAUUAUGGAGUUUGUGCUCAAUACUCCUUCAAUGCAGUCUUUGGGACAGCAGACAGAAGCUCCUUCUGCUGAACCAUUCUCUUUAGAUGAGAGUUAUGGGGUGGAUGUUAACCAAAGAAAGGACAUGCUUUUUGAAGAUUUCACUCAGCCACUGGCCAGUGCUGAACCUGGCGAGAGUGGGGUGAACACCUCCAUUGCUGUAGAAGAGUCAUAUGGUCUUCCUCUUGAGUUGCCCUCAGACCUCUCUGUGUUAACAACUCGAAGUCCCACCGUAAAUAAUCAAAAUCACAGCUCAUUGAUCUCGGAGAGCUCUGACCGUACCAUGCUGGCUUUGGCCACAGAGGAAUCAGGAGUCGAGAAAAGUGGGAAGAAACAGAGAACAGGAUCCACUGUAUCCAGCAAGAGCCCACAGGAGAGAUGUACCGAUUCCCAGGUUCCGGAAGGUCACAUGACUCCAGAACACUUCAUUCCUGCACGCAUUGAUGGCGACCAUAUAACAAGUCCUGGAGCAGAACCUGUGGGAGAGACGGGGAACCGAGAUCUGACGAGAACUACUAGCACACCAGGUCUUCCCAGCUCACCCACCUUGCCUCUCCAGAGUCAGAAGUUCAUCCCUGCUGCUACCGUUAGCUCAGGUCCCACUCCAAUUGCAAGCUCUGCUGUUCAAGCUACCGCCUCUCAAUUGAAGCCUGGUCCAGAGAAGCUGAUAGUGCUAAACCAACAUCUGCAGCCACUCUAUGUAUUUCAAACCCUUCCCAAUGGUGUAACCCAAAAGAUCCAGAUUGCACCAUCUGUUAGUGCAACAGGUGUCAUGAACACUAGUGCCCCUGUAUUGACAGGCCUCAGUGGUGGCAUUUCCACCUCUCAAUCCAUUUUUCCUGCUGGCAGCAAAGGUUUAGUGCCUGUACCUCAUCACUCACAAAUCCAUGCAUUCACAGGCACCACUCAGACAGGUUUCCAGCCAGUCAUUCCUAGCACUACAUCAAGCCUCAUCAUAGGAGUCCCUUCGCAUGAUCCCCAGAUUGGUGUGACAGAAGCAGGUCAUAGGCAUGAUCAUGCCCCUAGUGUUGCUAUGGUAUCUAGUGCUUCAUCUAUCACCCCAGCUCCGACUAUGCUCCCCUCUGGACAUGGCAAGAAACGCUUAAUUUCUCGUCUUCAGAGUCACAAGAGCAAGAAACAGGCUCGUCCAAAAACUCAGCCCACGCUUGCUCCUUCCGAUGUUGGGCCCAAUAUUAUGAUAAACUUGACACCUUCACAAAUUGCUGCAGGAAUCCCUGCUCAGACAGGCCUGAUGGAACUGGGGACUAUAACUGCAACUGCCACACCUCAUAGAAAAAUUCCUAACAUCAUAAAACGUCCAAAGCAAGGGGUAAUGUACUUGGAGCCUACUCUCCUUCCACAGCCCAUGCCUAUUUCAACCACAACUCAGCCUGGCAUAUUGGGACAUGAUUCCUCAACUCACCUACUCCCAUGUACUGUGUCGGGGCUCAACCCAAGUCAGUCAGUUUUGAAUGUGGUGUCGGUGCCUCCCAGUGCACCUGGAAACUUUUUGGGAGCGAGCUCCGUAGCGCUGAGCGCUCCAGGCCUCAUCAGCUCAACUGAGAUCACACGACCUAUAAAUAGCCUCAUUAUCAACCCUCAUAACCUGAGCCUUCCAGAGCAACAGAUGGUUCUUCAUUCAGGAACCCCCAUGAUGUCUCAUCUUACUAAUCCUGCCCAGACCUCCAUUGCAAGUAGCAUCUGUGUUUUUCCCCCAAACCAAAGCAUAAGCAUGUCUGUCAACCAGCAGGUGGAGAAAGAGGGCAGUGUUCAUCUCCAGCACCAAGUCAGUCGAGUCCUGGCAGAUAAAUCCCUUGACCCAAAUGUCAGUUCAGCUGGUCAAGUGGCUCUUGCGCCUAAUCCCAUUGCUCAAGACCUGAACAAAGGUCAUGUUGUUGGCGUUCUCACUCAGAGCUCACGAACCUCUCCAAUCUCUCGACCACCACAUCAGCAACAAUCCUCAAAGUUAUCUGCUGGAGCAGCCUCCACAGCUGUUGGGAAAGGAAAGCAAAAGGCCAAAAGACCUCGACCAAGCCCAGAUAAGAGCAGUGGAAAGAAACACAAAGGACUUCAGUCAGAUACACCAACUGUUGAUACAUCUGCAAUCCAAUUAUCAUAUUUUCCAGGCGACCAGGAACUUUCAUCACCUGAGCCAAUGGAUACAGGCCAGUCAAAUGAAACAGGUUCAAAAAAGAGUGACUCUUCCACUAUGACAGCUGAUUCCUCUGCUCUUAAACAAAAAACCAUGGAUACACAUGAUGAGAAACCAAAGAAUGCAGGUUUACCUAGUAAAGGUGAUGGGAAAGGAUCUAACUCAUUCUCAGUGGAAACACCUGAUCAGAGGGACAGUGGGAGAGACUCCUCUCUUGACUACAAGCCCAAAAAAGGGCUCAUAUUUGAAAUCUGCAGUGAUGACGGAUUUCAAAUCCGCUGUGAAAGUAUUGAGGAGGCCUGGAAGUCCCUGACAGAUAAAGUGCAAGAAGCCCGGUCCAAUGCUAGACUCAAGGCACUUUCAUUUGAUGGAGUGAAUGGGUUGAAGAUGCUGGGUGUUGUUCAUGAUGCUGUAGUGUUUUUACUGGAGCAGUUGUAUGGAGCUAGACAUUGCCGAAAUUACAGGUUCCGCUUCCAUAAACCUGAGAAGCCAGAAGAUCCUCCUGUCAACCCUCAUGGAUCUGCCCGUGCUGAGGUGUACCACAGGCGAUCAGUUCUGGACAUGUUUAAUUUCCUGGCUUCCAAACACCGUCAGCCUCCUGUAUACAACCCCCAGGAGGAAGAUGAGGAGGAGAUGCAGCAGAAGUCGGCACGACGGGCCACCAGCAUGGACUUGCCACUGCCUAUGAGGUUCAGGCACUUGAAGAAAGCAUCCAGGGAAGCUGUGGGUGUCUACAGAUCAGCCAUACACGGCAGAGGUCUGUUCUGCAGGAAGAACAUUGAUGCUGGAGAGAUGGUCAUUGAGUAUUCUGGCAAUGUCAUUCGCUCUGUCCUCACUGACAAGCGGGAGAAGUACUAUGAUGGCAAGGGCAUUGGCUGCUACAUGUUUCGUAUCGAUGACUACGAGGUGGUUGAUGCCACCAUCCACGGCAAUGCGGCCCGUUUCAUUAACCACUCCUGCGAGCCCAACUGCUACUCCCGUGUGGUCAAUGUUGACGGUCAGAAGCACAUUGUCAUUUUCGCCAUGCGCAAAAUCUAUAGAGGCGAGGAGCUCACAUACGAUUACAAGUUCCCCAUCGAAGAACCAGGCAAUAAGCUGCCUUGCAACUGCGGGGCAAAGAAGUGUCGCAAGUUCCUCAAUUGAAAGUGAACUCACAAGCUAAUGCUGUCUGUGAAAUGCUAUCAAGAGUGUAUACUUGCCAGGGAAAAGACAUUUUUAAAUGUUUUUUUUUUACUGAAGCAGGCUCAGGUUAUCAGAAGGUUAAUGGUAUUGUGCCUCUUAAGUUGUUUGAUUUUUAGAAAAGACAAUUGACAGGAGUCGCAAUGGCGAAGAUUGCCCUUAUGUCCCCUUUAUUAAUGCCCAAUUUAAGAGAUUAGUGCCCCCUUAUUUUUAACUUUUGUAUAUGAUCUUUUAUUUUACUGUUUCGUUUUUUCAAAGAAGGAUAUUGUGAACGGUUUUAAAUUUGUAAGUCGAGUCUGGCCUGCCCUUACUUUUUGAGUGUGACAAAUUACUGAAAAAAUGCCACUUCGUUCCAUUCUACACCAAAGUGCAAUUUUGGAAGGGAAAGAUUUAAUGUUUUUAGAUUGACGAUACAUAAUCCUUUUUUUAGCCUGACCUGUUUAGACAUCUCUCCCUUUUUGAAUGUACAUUGAAGCCUUCAGAGCAUACAUGGUCAUCCUUGCCAAGCUGGGCCUGAUUCUCUGUAUGAAAGACACUGUAAAUAUCUCAGAGGAGAGAUGAUGAGGGGAAACACUAGGGGGAGCAGUGGUCCCUGGAAUAAUGGUCAUUAGAAAGACAAGAUGGUAAAUGGUCUUUUUGUCAAUGGUUGAAAGAAACUUGUUUGAGAUAUGAAAAAUAGGCCAGCAAAGAGCUUGGGAGCUGUAAGGGCUGGCUGGGUUGAGAUCCUGGUGGACUGACAGCCAAUGGACCAGAGCAAUUUCUGAGGUCUGGGGGGGAAUAACAUGCUUUUAUUUACUAUACAUUUUUAUAGUAAUUCAGAGAGAAAGUAGCUUAAUUGCAAUGUAUUGCAAAAAAAAGUAUAAUUUGUAUGUUCCAAGGCUUCUCAUGAAACCUUGUAGGAUUUAAUUGAUUUUAGUUCAGAGUCCAAAUGCUAUUACCAGUUUAUUUGUCUCUCACCAAUAGGGAGUAUUUUUUCCCUCCCUAGGCCCAUAGUUGUGCAUGAAAUUAUAAUAUCAUGUUUUUUUGAGGCAGUUUAAAACUUGACUAUUUUUGUUCUGUCUUGUCGCUGACAGAAAUAUCAUUCGUUGAAUAUGUGAAUAUGUAUAUUUUUCUAUACAAAUGACUAAAAAAAAGCACUCAUUGGUAAAUAGCACUUAACAAUGGUAUUUAUAUUUUUAAUAAAACAUUGUAUUUAUUUUAUCAACAUUUUUGUAGGAAAUAAUAGAUUUACAACACUAAUGCUUUGUCCAGACAUUUUUAUAGUGCUGUCUUCUAAAAGAUUUUUUUUUAGUUGGGUUUUAUUUUUUUGUAGCCCGAAUGUUUCUUUCUGUUCCAAAGACUGAAGCAGUUACUGUUCCCACAGAGUGCGGUCCACCAGAGGCUCUCGUUGUGAACCCAAGUCAAGCAUGGACAUUUCAAAUAUCAUUUCAAACAGGUGUUUAGGUUUAGUGAGCUUUUCAAAGUGCAGAUCGGUUUGAUAUAACUCUCCUUUCUUAGUGCCAGCCUUAAAAUUACAUGCAAGAAUAGCCCAUCUUCCCCUAAAAGGCCCUCUUUGCAUUUUCUAAACUUGGAGAAAAUCUCAAAAAGAUGCAUGAAAUCCUUCUCUAGCAUUCUAGCAACUGACAAGUCCCAAAGUUUAUUCCAUAUAUUUUGUUAUAUCAAAAUAUUUUCUUAGAGAUUGGUGUAAUGCAAGGAAUUGCCACAGAGGCUAUCCCAUUUAAAACUACUUCUAAAGCACUAUAUAUAUGGAGGAGGAGAUGGCGGAGGGCUCUUGUUUCCUCACGAUCUUGUGCACUGAAGAUUAGUCUUCUUCCCAGUCUUCUUCAACACAUGUUGCCUUGGCACUGCAUGGAAGCUCCAGCCAGCCAUUCAGUCAAUGCACAUUAUUUGCUCGUAUCAUCUCUUUCUCUUUUAAAUGUAGUCACCUUCAACACCUGUCCCCAUCUGUGCCCUUUUCAGGGCUCAAGUUUUGUUUGACCCCUAUUCGAAUAAGGCUGAGACAGAUGUGGCUUCAUUAUUGUUGUGGAUGUUCUGUGGAUUGUUCUUCCAUGGUUCUUCCAUCUUUCAGAUCAAGAGUUGGUGCCUUCUCUGUAAAUUUCUCUGGUUGUUUUAGUUUUUGCAUGUAUUUGUGUUAGAACUUGAUUGGACAGUGAGCUGAGGAUCUCCAGACUAUGGAGAAACGUUCAAAACCGUUUUAACUAGGGCACAAACAGAUUCCACUUGACGUUUGACUCUUGUUUUAUUUUUCAUGUAAAGUUAUGUUUUUCAAAGGGAUGCUGUAGCACGAGUAUGUGGGUAUUGCAGAACGACUUGGGAUCUGUACAUACCUCUAGACAAAGCUGCUUUGUGCAACCGUGGCUUCCUUAGUGAGCCAUUUUUAAGGCCAGUUCUUUUGUGUCAUUGCCUUGUAAGUUUAACUCUAAUAAAAUUUUAUUAUUUUCUUUCUUUUCCUCGGCCACUGCAGACCCCCCUCCAGCCCUCUCUGUACCUAGGCUGCAAUAAUUUUGACCUUUCCCAGAAUUUAAUUUUUGACUAUGGCACUGAAGAUCAGAGUUCUGUACGUUUCCUCACAUUGAGCAUUUGUUGGCUGCUGCCUCAUAUUUGUAUACGUGUUUAUAUUGAUCAGAAUUUGUGGUUUAGCCAUCUUUUUCAGGGAUUCUUGGGGGUCUUGCCCAACUUUCCUCUCGCCCUGGCACCCCUGUGGAGCAGGGACAUGCUGAACUCUGCAGCUAGGCCGUUGUUGAAUGUAUUCUAGAAUUUUUUCUUUUUUCUUUUAAAAACUUUUAUUUUCCAACAUGAAAGGCUGGGAAGAUACAGGACAGCUUUUUAUUUCAUAAAAUGGGUGGACUAUACAGCAAUGGCAAUCUUUGCAGGGUUCUACAGAAACUAUUGCUCAGUCUAACGAAAUAAAAUGUUUAUUUUAUUAUUCUAUUUUUUUUUUUUUUUUUUUUUUUUGUAAUGCAGUUACUAAUCCUAAGGGCUUUGUAAUAGACUCCUGCACAGACAUCAAUACAACUUCAGAUGCUCCAUAAACUGGUGUAACAGUGUUCGGUCAGUGUUUCAGAAGCAGACACGCUCUGCUGUUUUCUUGGACUUUACUCCUCCACACCACGCAAGUGGUACCACACUUCUCCUGUAAUUAUAAUCAACAGUAUAUAUGUAUACACAAUAUACAUGGAUAUAUAUAUAAACUAAACGUGUAUGAAUAGUAACUUGUAUUUCAAUAUCUACACAAUAUACGGAAUGGACAGACAAACUUAGUUACAGUAGCAAACCGCAGCUUCAUAAUGGUUAAUUGCAAUGUUCAGUGUAUAAUCUGUAAUGCUUUUGUGUUACAGAUAACUUUAGAGUAACUAAUGUGCAUCAUUUUAAUAUCAAGAUCAAGUACCAGUUUUCCUGUGCCUGUGUAUGUUCCCUCAAUGGAGCAUUGCAGUUUUUUUUUUUCUUUUUUUUUCUUUUUCUUUUAAUUUGUUUUAACUUCUUUAUUUGGAAAGGAGCGGUAUUUAUAUUAUGAAACAAGUUCAUGUAAAAUGUGGUUGUAAACUUUUUAAGCCUUGAUAUUUUGUUUGCUUUUGAUGGUGUAGUUGGCUUUAUUUUACUCUGUAUAUUUUUAACAGUUUGUGGACAUCAGGAAAAAAAAUUGUCCUUUCCUAAACCCAGCCAUGUCACCUAUACCUCUCUCUCCUAUUGGAUCUUAAGUUGUACUUUUUCUUAUGUGAUGUUCUGUAAUGAGUAAUGGUAACCAUUCUAUUUAUUUAUUUCUGCAAGCAUCUCUAGAUGUACAUUGAGGUAAAGCUCCUUCUGAGAGCAGGUGACAGCGCUCCCUGUUUUUGGAAUUUUAACUUGGUUCACUUUGUACAGAAAUAAGUUGCGGACCAUCGGAGGUACUUUAGCGAGUCGGAGAGGUCUUGAGAAGGAGAGAUUUUAAUUUGUUCCUCUUGGAAAACACAAGUUUUCCAUUGUCUUACCAACACUUGUAGCUUUGAGAGAUCAUGUUGAUGUUGAGACUGACAGUUUUAAGGUUUUUCUUAUUUUUUUUCUCCAAGUUGCCCCAUCAGUGUUUUACCGUUUUACAGAAAAAUGAAGGAAAAUUUGUUAAUCUAAAAUAUUCAACCACAAACUACUUAAGGAUGAAUGUAUAAUGAGGAAAAAAUUGUACAUAACAACUGUAAAAAGGAAAGUUUCUAAUCAUGUUUAUUUUCUAUGCACUUUUUUUAUUUAAGUGAUAGUUUAAAUAAUAAACAUGUCUUGUUUACUCAAA